AUGACGGUGGAAAAGGCAGGGUGUGUCACCAGCCAGUGCUCUUCCCCCUCACACCCCACUGUGCUCUGCCCCCUCACACCCCACUGUGCUCUUCCCCCUCACACCCCACUGUGCUCUUCCCCCUCACACCCCACUGUGCUCUUCCCCCUCACACCCCACGGUGCUCUUCCCCCUCACACCCCACGGUGCUCUUCCCCCUCACACCCCACGGUGCUCUUCCCCCUCACACCCCACUGUGCUCUGCCCCCUCACACUCCACUGUGCUCUGCCCCUCACACCCCACUGUGCUCUUCAAGUUCCCUCACACCCCACUGUGCUCUUCCCCCUCACACCCCACUGUGCUCUGCCACCUCACACUCCACUGUGCUCUGCCCCCUCACACCCCACUGUGCUCUUCCCCCUCACACCCCACUGUGCUCUUCCCCCUCACACCCCACGGUGCUCUGCCCCCUCACACCCCACUGUGCUCUGCCCCAUAACACUCCACUGUGCUCUGCCCCCUCACACCCCACUGUGCUCUUCCCCCUCACACCCCACGGUGCUCUUCCCCCUCACACCCCACUGUGCUUUGCCUCCUCACACUCCACUGUGCUCUGCCCUCUCACACCCCGCUGUGCUCUGCCCCCUCACACCUCACUGUGCUCUGCCCCCUCACACCCCACUGUGCUCUGCCCCCUCACACCUCACUGUGCUCUGCCCCCUCACACCCCGCUGUGCUCUGCCCCCUCACACCUCACUGUGCUCUGCCCCCUCACACCCCGCUGUGCUCUGCCCCCUCACACCUCACUGUGCUCUGCCCCCUCACACUCCACUGUGCUCUGCCCCCUCACACUCAACUCUGUGGCACUGAAGAGCUGUUCUACAGGCACAAGCCUGACUCCCCUCCCUGCCUCCUCCCCUACACCCUGCCUCCCCAUUACGAGAGGCCUGCUCCAACAAAUGGCAUACUCCCAGCACCUCCUCCCCUCCCCAGGGACACUGACGUACACAGGGCCUGCUGACGGAGCCUGA